UUUUCACUCCAAAUAUAUAAAUAUGUUGUAAUAAUACACAAUACAAUGUAUCAAAUGAAAUACAUUAUUUUUCAGUUCAAUCUUCUUGUUGAAAAUCUGUUGCUCUAAACCUUAGAAAAAUGUUUGAAAUUAUAAUAAUCUAGAAGCUCAGUUCUGAGGUUUUGCUGGAAGACAGGAUCAAAAGCAAUCCUCUCAUUAUGUAAAUAGCCUUUCUGGUAUAAUCAAUAAAGUCACACCAUUUGGCCCCUGACACACCCAUUUGUCCUUGAACUUGGGCAUAAUAGGGAUGAUUUGGUUAAGUCUACAUUCAGUGUCACUUAUUUUUUCCAUGAAGGAAUUGGGAUCAGAACAUGCUGCCAUUUGGGUGACAUGAAACUUUGUGUGUGGGCAUUUUACCUCUCCCAAACCAAAGCAGCUUGGGUCAGCAGCUUUUAUUUAAGUGUUAACAUUGUAGUGUUGUACCAAUUCACAGUCAUGGAGAUCGAAUACUUUGUGUCUAAAGUUGAAGCGUGAGUCUCUCAUACAGAAAAAAAACCUUGCUCUUAAACCCUUCUGCAACUACAGUUUAUGCUCGGUAUACAUUUUUCCCCUAUUUACCCUGAACUACACAAAUCAACCUCAUCAUUUUCAAGAACUUUGUCUUUUUUGUUUUAAGGUUUUUCCAGAUAACUUCAUGCGUCGUGAGGUGCAAGCAUUUGUUGUCAACUGCACCUUCAUGGAAGAUGGAUGCCAGUGGAAAGGGGAAGUCAGACACUUGGAGGUAAAAUAUGGUAAUUACAAAAAAGUACUGAAAACUGUGAGAAUAUAUUAACUAACAUAAAGUAGAAGCAUCAGUGGUACAUGUCCUAUACACAGAAAAAAAAAACAGAGAACAAAAUCAGUUGUUAGCUAGUUUAAUAUAUGUGGUCCUUCAACUAAUAAUCUCUUUAUACCAUUAUCAACAGGCCCACACCAACAGCUGUGAGUUUGUCAAACUCCCCUGUGUACAUCCUGAGUGUGGCAUGUUGGUGAAAAAAGCUGAUCUUCCUGAGCACCUGGAAACUGAAUGCAAGUGUCGACCUGAAACUUGUGGGUUCUGUAAAAAACAAAUCAGCCUGAACAAGUUAAAGGUGUGACACAUUGUGCUCUUUGUUGUACUGAAUAAUAUGCUAUCUCUGACGCAGAGUCAUUAUGAUUUUAAGUAUGCAAACAGGCACUUGUUCUGGGUUAACAGUGAUUUGUUAAGGUUUUUUUCACAUUUUUGAAAAGGAGUUUCUACGCAUAUGCUGGACACUAAAGCUAAAUGUACAUUCAAACGGACACAACAUUGUUGGCCAACAACUCCCAACAUUGUUGGAUGUUACAUGUUGCAUGUUGUUGGGAGUUGUUGCAGAAAGUUUAAAACCGGUCAAACUUUUAAAGCUCCGUAAAACGGAGGCGACAUUGUGGGCCAACAAUUCCCAGCAAUGUUGGGAGUUCUUGCGUCUGUUUGCAGGUAGCCUAAUAUUCAUUAAUUUUGAAUGUACGUACAGACAACCUUGCAAGAAAACUGGUGUCUUCGGUGUGGAUAAUUUUCAUUGACACUGAUCUUCAAAAAAAAGAAUAAACUUUUAUUUCACUAGUUUAAAAAACAAUCUUUGGUAGUAGAUUCUUUUUCCUUUCUUGGUUUUAAAUAAAUGUACAUUGUACAAUGUCAUAUUAUAUGUCAUUAUAACUUUUUCUUUUCAUGGUGGUGAGAAAGAGAAACAAUAUAGACAGCGGCUUACAGUGUAUUUAUUAUUUAUUUAUAAUUUCGUACAGCUGCACCAAGAGAAGGAAUGUCCAGCAUAUCCAGUUGUAUGUGAAAAAUGUAACAAAGAUGGAAUUCCACGUGCAAAGGUACAGCUAUAGACGACUGUGAUGUGGCGUACUUUCGUUUUCAGACAAAUCCAAAUAAAUUGACAGCUGUUUGUACCUAGUAACAGUGGGGCAGCACCUUAUUCUCGUUAUCUCAGACAGAGGAAGGAGAGACACCUAAAUGAAUAUCACUUGAUUUUCUGUGAAACUUACUUACAAUUUUUUUCCUCAUGAAUUUAGUUGUAAACUGAGAUGGUUGUCUUGCUUCUUACUAAUAGCGUUUGCACUUCCUUUGUUUCCUUGAACAAGCAACCAGGCGCUAAUGCAAAAUGUCAGCUAAAAGGAUAGGCACUUAUUGGAAGGGAGGUGCUUAAUUGAGGGGGGCGCUUAUUAAGUUCUCCUGUUGGCAAUCAAGCGUACCUUAUUUCCGUUAUACAUUUUACACAAAGAUGUAUCAGUAUAAAUGUUGAAGUUGAAACUUAAAAGUGGCAAUAGAAACAAGUUUUCAUUGCAUCCUUACUAUUUAACAAUUUCAAUAUUUAAAUGAUGGGGGAGCCCUGGAAGGCGGGGUGCUACUGAUAUUUUGGCCUAGGGGGGUGAGCCCUUAUCCUGGGGACUGACAGGGCUCGACGUUGCGACCCGCGGGGUCGCCAAUGCAACCAGCUUUUACUCAGUGGCAACCAAAUUUUCACGCCUGGUCACCAACCUGUCUCCUAAGAUAGGUGACUUUCUUCUUUGGGAAAAAGUACACUAAGGAUAAUCCGUUAUCCUUCACAAAACUAAAUCCAUUAAUUCUUAAAUAUAAUUUUUGGCGACCAGAAUACUUGUUCUGGCGACAAAAAUGAAAACUUGGGGGCCAGCUGGCCCCAGUGUUUUUUUCUGAAAGUUGAGCCGUGGGGAGGGUGCUUAUUUGAGGAAAUAAGGUACAGGUAUUCUUCUUGUAAUAUAGUGCCAUAUCUGGCAUUCUUCAGGAGUACUGAAUACAAAGGUUAAGUUCUGGAUACUUGCACUCUCAUUUCCUAACUGACUUUACGGUUGACAAUGUGUCCUGGGAUACUAAUUUAUCAGUAUUGUUUUUGAGAUUUGAAUAAAUUUAAUGCAGUAGGCACAGUGUGUGGAUGUCAUGGCCAGGUCAGGUUUAUCCCUCUACAUUAACUCCUUUCUAUUUAUCUUUCAGCUGUCGGAUCAUCAGGAUCCAGUUGUAGGAGACUGUGAUGCAGUACAGGGACCAUGUCCAUUUGCACAGAUUGGCUGCUCAAAGACCGAGGUAUACAAGAUUAUAGAUAGGUCCUUGAUCCCAAACCCUUCCUUCUGCCUUUUUCAGAUGAACAUGUAUCAAUGCAAACAGAGAAUUCUCUUCCGUUAAAAAACAAACAAACAAAGAAUUGCUUUUUAGUAAAAGUACAAAAGGCAAUUGAGUCAAUAAUCAGUACUGAAGAGAUGUUCAAAAUUGCUGGGAUUGGAAUUUGGCGUAAAAAAUGUGUGAAGCCAUUGUUCCACUCGGCAUAUUAAUUUACGUCUGAGCUUCUGGUAAACUCAGUCUCCAGCCGUGGGUGUCUCGAUGCGCCCACGGUACUCCCACGGGUGGGAACUGAGCCUAGGCUUCUGGCUGUUGGUCGACAUACCCCGACCAUCAAGGCAGUCAUCUUUUUUCUUGUCACUGAAAAUCGCCGGGGGGACUUCCACAGAAAAGUGACUGGUAUGCUCGUCGGAAAUUAAAAUUUAAAACCCCUUGGGGAGACUAAUGCGGGUGUGCGAGCUCGAGCUUAAAUUGACCCCUAAAGGAGACCAAACUAAAACAGACAUCAGGGCAUUUUUGUCGAUUUCUUUAUGCACAGCCCUAAACGAUACCUGAAUGUGUAAAUAUAGUGACUUUCCCAACACCGUAAGUGAGACCAAAAUCUGCAAUUUACACCCAAAGCGAGACGACAAGCAUCCCCGUCACUUUUAUUUGGGAGACUCUCUCCCGGAUAGUGCCGGGUGAAAAUCUAAUUACAGUUGUUGAAACUGAAUAAUUUUGCUUAUAGUCUCAGUUUUCUUUGUAGGCUCUUAACUCAAGGCAAAAGAAAGAGCACCUUGAGAGAGACAAUGUUUACCACACAACAUUGCUUCUUCAUCAUGGCCUUAGGAUGGGUCGAGAAAUGGAAGCACUUUUGACUCGUGAUCCAAGAACCUUGUCGAGAAGCCCGCAUAUCUUCACAAACUAUGACGGUAUCAUCUCUGACAUGCUCGCUCAAAUUCAAACCAGUACAACGGAAACUAGGGAUUUUAGGGAAAAGCUCAGAGAGCAUAGUGAACGAAUCACCUCCCUGGAAAGAAAAGUGGCCUCAGGAAAUCUCACGGCAGCGGUCGCAUCUUCUCAAGUUUCUGGUGAUUCAAGUGCUGGUGUACCAAACAUCGAGAUUACACGAAGGGUAAACAACCUUGAGAAUAAAACCGCUGACCACGAGGUGCUGUUGGUUGAAAGUAAUCGUUCGAUCGAGCAGGCAAAUCGGGAUGUGGGUAAUGUAAGACGACUGGUUGAGACCGUCCAGGAAACCGUCAGAAGGGUGGAAAGAAGGAUUGAGUCUAUUGAGCACACUUUGGCUCUAAGGAACGUUACCUUGGCUGAUUUGGAGGAGUACAUAAGGCAACAGGAGUUUUCAAGCUACGAUGGCCAAUUGCUGUGGAAAAUAACUGAGUUUGCACGUAGAAGAAAUGAAGCAGUCAGCGGGCAGCAAGUCUCCUUCUACAGCCCUUGUUUUUACACCAGUCGCUAUGGAUACAAGAUGUGUGCCCGCAUUUAUUUAAACGGAGAUGGCAUGGGCCGAGGAACACACAUCUCUGUGUUCUUUGUGGUCAUGCGCGGUCAGUAUGAUGCAAUUCUUCGCUGGCCAUUCAGACAGAAGGUCACGUUCAUGCUGUUGGAUCAAGAUAAUGUUGAACAUGUGAUCGAUGCGUUCAGGCCUGAUCCUAACAGCUCCUCAUUCCAGAGACCGAGGAGGGAAACCAACAUUGCAAGUGGGUGUCCGAUGUUUUGCUCUCUGACCGAAUUAAAUAAUCACGCUUAUGUGCGAGAUGAUACCAUGUUCCUUAAGAUCAUAGUCGACACGACUGACCUGUAGGCAGGAUCGGGCGGUGUGUGCAGGAUCUAAUUAAGCCAGGCUUUAAGGCCGAAUUUCUCUUGCUUUUUAGCUUAAGGACAUUCGCGUUUGUACCCUUCCUUAAUUCGCACACAAAUCUUGCUGCUAUGCCAAUUCAUGUCAUGUAUUGAGUGCGAGAGCAAAGGAAACAUCAACAAAUAAAAAAUUAUGACUUAAGUAAUACAGUUUAAAUGGUCGGCAAUCCUUUCUUUUUCAAACGAUAAUUUUCAGUUCUUAGAAAAUUUUCGAUUUCUUUCCACAUGUCUGCCCGCGGGACGUCGACUCCUCCCGAAUGAGCUGUGAACUCAUUCGGGGACGGGGGGAAGGGGUGGCCGGUCACUUAUGAAAUAGUUCUUUACUAGAGACAUGUCGAUUCCAGCAGGGCUGAAAAGUUGCAUUUCAGAGAUUCAAUUGCAGUAUUUUUUUUAGAAUAACUCUAAAACAGAUCGGAAGAUUUUCGCGCGAACGUCCUUAAGCUAGAUCAAUGAUUAGUGAUGGGAUGGUUAAGCAGUAAAAUCUCCGUGAUUGGUAUAGAAACGUUUGUGACCAAGAACCAGCAUGUCGGAAACUGAAUUUGCUGAUGAAAGCUCCUUAGUUUAUUUCACUCAUUUUUGAACAACGUAACACCCAGCUGCCUCUCUCAGUCAAGUAUUAUGCAUCACGCUUUGUAAAACUGAUCAGAACCGCACUAAUCGAACCCACCAUUUCCUGGCCUCAAUUCUUUGUCCAGUGCUCUAAACGUGCUGUUUCUUAUUUCAUGAUCGUUUAGGGAA